UCGCUCGUCAACGAGCUCCCUUGGUAGCCCCGAUCCAUUCUCUUCUGUACUAACUAAGCCGCCCUGCGACGUCGUUAUGUUUUUAACUAAUAUGGAUUCGAAAGGAGUUGACAUUCCUCCCGGCGUACUGGACGACCUCUGCAGUCGAUUCAUCCUCCACAUACCGAGCGAGGAGAGAGACAACGCCAUACGCGUGUGCUUCCAGAUCGAGCUCGCCCACUGGUUCUACCUGGACUUCUGCGUACAGAACACCCCGGGAUUACCCCAAUGCGGGAUAAGGGAUUUUGCCAAAGCGGUUUUUCACCACUGUCCGUUUCUUUUGCCUCACGGGGUGGCCGUACAGAACGUUAUAGAACAGUGGAAGGAAUAUAAGAUGGGUGUCCCAACCUAUGGCGCGAUCAUUUUAGAUGAAGCCCUUGAAAAUGUAUUGCUUGUUCAAGGCUAUCUGGCAAAGUCGGGCUGGGGUUUUCCAAAGGGAAAAGUAAACGAAGAUGAGGCGCCUCAUGACUGUGCAGCUCGGGAAGUUUUGGAAGAGACGGGCUUUGUUAUCAAGGAUCGUAUCUGCAAAGACGUGUACAUCGAGCAGAAAAUUGCUGACCAGUUGGCUCGAUUGUACAUCAUAACCGGAGUGUCGAAGGAUACAAAGUUCAACCCCAAAACAAGGAAAGAAAUAAGGAACAUUGACUGGUUUCCGAUUAAGAAGCUACCAUGUCAUAAGAAUGACAUGACUCCAAAGUCCAAACUUGGAAUUGCCCCGAAUAGGUUUUUCAUGGCCAUCCCAUUUAUAAAGCCACUCAGAGAAUGGAUUGCCAAGCUAAAGGGAGAAUCCACAGACAGUGAUGAGGAUCUUUCCACCAAUGGCAGUACUCCAUGCAAAACUUUGGAAAACCCUUGGACAAACUAUAGGCAGCCCCGGGGUAAUGCAGCAUCUCCAGAAGACAACUGGGGGAAACACAAACAGCAGAAGACUCUUGGACAGCUGAGCCAAUAUGAGAAAGAAGAAAGAAGACUUCAACCCAGAAGACAGCAGGACAACUCUGAGAAAUAUGCAGUUCCUUGCAAUUCUAUCAAUGGCCAUCCGGCAGUCUACAGCAGAGAUUAUGAGCAUCUGCUUUCCUCUGUGUCCUUCCUCAAUUUCAAAUUUGAUAAGGAAGCCAUCAUGAAAUGUUUUGACCACUAAUAUGGGGGUUUUGACUUGUUGUGCCUUUUUUAUAACAACCUGCCAGCUUCUUCGCUUCAGAUACUUUUAUUACCAUUAUUUGUCAAGGGAGGGGUUUUGCCCCACUUUAUAUUUCUACAUUAACCAAUAAUGAUUAGCAACUGUUGCCAACUACUGUUGGCAACUGGUGGUUAAGUGCCUUGCUCAAGAGUAUUUAAAUGAUUAAUUAUGAGAUAGGAAGCAUUUGAGUGAUUUGUUUUCCCUCCCAGCAGCUUCUCCAGCUAUGUCUGGUUACAAGGCCCAUUUUCUUACUUACCUUUAAGCUACAAGGCUGGAAGUGGUAGUAAAAUUGUGGAGAAAGCAAUUUUUGAAAACUUACAUUCUUUGACAGAAGAAGAGAAGUAUUUUUCACAGUUUCAUAGUGAGUCACUCAAUAGUACCAUGUUUCAUUUGGGAAUCCUAAUAUAAGUGUUAUUACUUUGUUUUAGAAUUCAAUAAAUUUAUGCAUAAAAAUCUGUCGCAGAUAGUGCAGACUUGGGAGUUUAAAUUCAGCCUGUGAUGUAAGGUUCAAAGAAUCAAGCAUCAGUUCUCUACAGAGACUUGAUAACUAAUAAAAAUAUCAAACCUUGUUUUUUUUAGGGAGUUGUUCCUUAUCCAACGCAAGACUUUAAGGACAUGAUGUUGUGUUGCUGUAAAGACCACUGAGGCAAAUUUGUAAUAUGUGAUAUUGGGCUAUACAAAUAAAAUUGACUUGA